UAAAAAAUAUCCAUUGGCAUUUGCCACUGGAGUCGACAGUGCAACAGAAAAACCAGAAAAUGAGUUGAGCUUGAAGCUCCCUCUCUCCACGAACGCCUUAUCCAGUAAAAAUAGUUCACCUUGAAUGGCGAUUCUUGCUUCUCUACCAGGGGUUAAUCCCUUCUCUUCCCUCCCUUCAAAGCCACCACCAAACGACCCCACCGCUCCUUCGCCUUCCACGUCACCGCCCAUUCCCAUCCCCAAAUACCCCCCAAAACCCAGAACUACCCCUCCCAAUCCCCGGAAAUCUCAACAAAACCCAGCCCUCAAACUCCCUCACCGUCAAACACGCUACUACAAGCCCGUAAAGCCGGGUGUCAUAUCAUCUGAGGGGGACCGUACUGUCCUAUUGGGAGAGUCCGGCGUGUCCUAUCAACUCCCCGGGGCGCCCUUCGAGUUUCAGUACAGUUACUCCGAGACUCCACAAGCCAAACCGUUAGCGAUUAGGGAGCCGGCUUUCUUGCCCUUCGCUCCACCGACAAUGCCACGUCCAUGGACAGGAAAACAGCCGUUGAAAAAGUCAAAGAAGAAAAUCCCUCUCUUUGACUCGUUUAACCCGCCGCCUCCGGGGAAGAAAGGCGUGAAAUUCGUGGAAACGCCGGGGCCAUUCCCUUUUGGGAAGUAUCCACGGGAAGCGAAAACGAGAGAAGAGAUUUUGGGAGAACCCUUGAAGAGGUGGGAAAUUAGUAUGCUUGUUAAGCCUCUUUUGUCUGAUAAUCGUCAAGUUAAUCUUGGGAGGGACGGGUUGACGCAUAAUAUGCUGGAUUUGAUACACACACAUUGGAAACGACGACGUGUUGUCAAAGUUAAAUGCAAAGGUGUUCCGACUGUUGAUAUGGAUAAUGUUUGCCGUCAUCUUGAGGAAAAAACUGGGGGGAAGAUCAUUCAUCGAGUUGGUGGUGUAGUUUAUCUUUUUCGUGGCAGAAACUAUAACUAUCGCUCUCGUCCAGAGUACCCACUGAUGCUCUGGAAACCAGCUGCUCCAGUCUAUCCAAAGCUUAUCCAAGAAGCUCCUGAAGGAUUGACAAAGGAUGAAGCUGAUGAGUUUCGAGAAAAAGGGAAAUAUCUUUUGCCUAUUUGUAAAUUAGCAAAAAACGGAGUGUACAUUACCCUAGUGAAAGAUGUUAGGAAUGCUUUUGAAGGAAGUCCAUUGGUGAGGAUUGACUGCAAAGGAAUGCAUGCGAGUGAUUACAAGAAAAUAGGUGCUAAACUUAAGGAAAUGGUUCCUUGCGUGCUAUUGUCUUUUGAUGAUGAGCAGAUUUUGAUGUGGAGAGGAAAAGAUUGGAAAUCAAUGUAUCCAGAAGGUCUUUCAGCUUCAGUGCCUGUUAACUUAGACAUUGCUUGUGGAUUGGAUGGUCCAGGGGAUCCUAAUGAUAACCCUGACCCAAAAAUUGUAAGAUCAAGUCCUAAGAUGAUCUCCCUCUGGGAGCGUGCGAUUGAAUCAAACAAGGCUUUGUUGCUGGAUGAGAACAAUCUUGAUCUUGGUCCUGAUGAUCUUUUGAAGAAGGUUGAGGAAUUUGAGGGUAUUUCACAGGCCACAGAGCAUUCCUAUCCAGCCCUAGUUUUCUCAAGUGAAGAUGGCACCAGUGUUUUAAUGGCAGAAUGGGAAGAUGGUUCUCAAACUGAGAAUUAUAACGAAGAUGAUAUGUAUCCUGAGGAUGACAUCACUGAUGAAGAAUAUGAUGAUUGUGACUCAUCUGAACUGGACUCCAUAGUCCCUUUAGGAUCGUUACCAGUUGAUCAGAUUGCGGAUAAGCUAAGCCAGAAGGGAAUAUAAAAGAAAUAUUUUUGGCAGGGUAAGUUGAAGAGGCUGGUAUAUAAGGAUUAGUAUUUGUUAUGAAUAAUACUAAUACUACACAUCCAAGUAGAAUCCCAAUUGGGGAUCCAUCCGAAGUGACGUGUCUUAACUGAUACCAUUUUGUAGACGAUGAAUUAAUGUGAUGAAUAGUAUGAUAUUAUCACAUAAGCUACAAACACUUGGAAAGAAACUUUAAGAUAUUACUUGGAGUGUGCUGUAAUUGUAUUACUCAUUAUCAUUUAUUAUUCUAAUCCAUUCAUUUAUUACUGAAAAAGAAAAAGAGUAUAUUGAAAUGUAAAUUUAUGACAGAUUUUGUUCUUUCUUGUUUUGAGAAGACUGUUGUAUAUAUCUGAGAUUGCUUGUAAUUUGCAC